GCACUGUGAGCGAACCCAGGUCAACCAACUCCUAAGGUGAGUCUGUCCUCUGAUGUUGCACUGGGCUGGAUACCAGUAGGACGCAGCCACGAUCACUUGUAGGCAUGUGGAAAUUGGCCAGCUAGAGAAGCAUGAAGCUGGUCAGCAUGUAGGCCGGGUUCGUGCCAAGUCUAAGCAUGCUAGCGAAGCAUGAAGCUGGUCAGCAUUUAGGCCAAAAGCGGACCUUCCAAGGCAGGUUUGAUUUGCAGGGGGGAGGAGUGUCCAGCAGCCAAUCGGCCAUUGUCAUUGUCUUUCAUUCUCUCCCGUGUAUUGCGUAUGGAAACUGGUUGAUUUGCAAUUCUGUGCUCCCACUAGAUUUUCACACUAGAACAACAUCGGCAGUUGAGUGCCAAGUCAAAACGUGCUCACACUAGAACUUCCACUUCGUUGACCUCGUUCUAGUUUGCCAAUUGCACUCACACUGGAGCUUCCAUUCGGCUGCAACGCCAGCCAGUUAUGCUGUCGAAGUCCUUGUACGACCGAGCAAGUAUACGCCUCGAGCGUGCAGAAUGACAGUCAGUAUGUUCUUUUCUUUGUAACAGAAGCAAAAUAAGGAUCUCAGGAAAUGCAGGUGGUCCUUUGUCGACGUUGGCAUUCCUUGCUAGGGGGGAAUCGCGACGGGGACGCGACGGGGAAUGUCCUUGCUAGGGGGGAAUCGCAAUGGGGACGAUCUGGUGCCCUACCUACCUCUCCUACGACUCGUCGAAGCCAGAGUGGAUUGAUAAACCAGCUGCUUUGUGGCAGAGUGUAGUUACUUCCCCCUCUGCCUCAGCCCCUGUUGAAAGACAGAGCUCUGUGCACUGGGCAUUCGGAUUGAUCCGCGUUGAGCAGGCUGCGGUGGACCUCCGGGUAGUGGUGGCUGCAUUGAUGAGUAGGCCCCUCCUUGUAGGAUGGCAUGUACAGGGUUAUUGCCUUCGUAGAAUUGCAGCCCGGGUUCCACAGCGUGUCUGCUGAUGGGGAGGGUGAAGGCAUGGGGUACUGCUUGGGGCCCUUCAAGGGCCAUUGUAAAGAGAGAGAGAGAGAGAGAGAGAGAGAGAGAGAGAGAGAGAGGAUCAAGCCAACUAUAACUACAUCAUGCAGCACACAAAAGUGGUAGGGAGAGAUGGUAAAUUUCACCAUUCAGAAAAAAGGGGUAGAAGAAAGAGGGUAGGAAGAGGGGGGAGCACAUCAAUCCAGGAGGAGGGUGAGUUGUGGGAAUGAUCAUCCAUGCCAUGCAAGCGUUGAAGCCGCUCCAAUUUCAAGAUGGGGGAUGGGGGAAGGAAGACUUGAGUGUCAACGUGAAGGUGUGUGGUAGCGUGUGUGCAAAAGUUGUUGUCUUGAGGUUUCUGGGCUUUUGUGUAUACUGUAGGGAGGGACGAAUGGAGGGAGUGAGGGAGGAAGGGAAGUUCUCUACGCAUGAAAAAACGGUGAGGCGCAUUUGUGUGCUGCAGCGUCAACCUCGACUUGAGGCGGAAGGGCAUCUGUGUAUGUUUGUGAGAGCAUGUGCACACCAAGCAUUGUCAUAUGUCUGCCACCCCCACGUUUGCGGUCAUCGUCCCUCUUGAUAAUGUGCUGCAGGGCUCAAAGAGGCAUGUCAUGAAAUUUUAUGCCUCUCUUCUCCCCCCCCAACCCCACCCUCCCUCCCACCUCUCUCCUCCCAACCAAGAUCAUUGUGAAUAGCAGCAACAGACUUGUUCCAGUUUUUCCUGCUCUUCUGAUUUGUCGUCUAGUGAUCAAUCACUGACUCGCUCACUCAAUCAAUCAAUCAAGCAAUCAAUCAAUCGAUCAAUCAUGUUGGGGGUGUCUUGCAAAGGUGGGUUAGUGGCCAUCAAGGCAUCCGUUGGAUCAUCUGUGCAUCCACGUGGUUGCUACUCAGAGCCUGUCGAAUGCCACGUCAGCGGCUCGAAGGUCCUCUUCCCGCCAACCUCUUCGCGCCAACCUCUUCCCGCCAACCCUCUUCGUUGUAGAGCGUCAGGCGCAUGGAUGACGUGGCAUUCUGACAUGCCAACUGGUUGCUUGGCUACGAAGUCGUCGGCCAUUGGAAGUAGCAAGUGGUCGUUGUUAUCAUCGUCUUCAUCGUCGUCAUCAUCAUCAUCAUCAUCAGCAGCAGCAGCACGAUCAUCGUCUUCAGCCGUUCCCGCGCUUUCUGCAGACACAACAGCUUUUCCCGCCUUUUUUUGUAGACGAAUCGCUGCAGCCGCCAUUUCGAUCCCCGCCGGAGGAGAGACAGGAUCUUUCCUCUUAAGAAAAAAAGGCGGGAAAGAUCUUCUUCGUUAUCCACUUCGGGACACUUCACGUAGCCACGUGCUGGGAACAGAAUUGGCGGGAAGAGGAAGAGAAUUGGCGGGAAAAGGAUUGGCGGGAAGAGGAAGAGAAUUGGCGGGAAAAGGAUUGGCGGCAAGAGAAUUGACGGGAAAAGGAUUUGCGGGAAAAGAAUUGGCGGGAAAAGGAUUGGCGGGAAGAGGGAGGACGAGGAGGAGGAGGAGGAGGAGACCGGCGGCGGCGGCGGGAGAGGGAGGAGGGUUACGGCGAGGGUUAGUGGGAGUGGGAGGACGGUUAAGAGGGGGAAGGGAGAGGUGGGUUGUUCGUGCUGGGGAGUUCGAAUUGAAUAAGGAGAGGAGGGGGGUGGACAAAUCGGAGAAGUUGAUUGAGGAUCCGUACGGUCCCGUCUGGGAGGCGAUGUCGGGACCCGUCGUGACGGUGAAGGCGGACGAGCGUCUGGAUACCGUUCUCAAGCACUUCAAGAACUUCACCGGCAUGCCUGUCGUCGACGAUCGCGACCGGUGUAUCGGGAUCUUAUCGGACAAGGACGUCCACGUGUACUGUCAAGGCAAGGGCAAAAGGUUAUCAGAAGUCAAAGUCAGCGAUGUGAUGACGUCCCCAGCGGUGGUCAUCAAGAAGAACGCUCCCAUCGCCUUUGCAGCGGGCCUGAUGCUCCAGCACAAGGUGCACCGACUGCCAGUGGUGGAUGAUGAGGGGAAGGUGAUCGGGAUCGUGACCAGGCGGGACAUCUACGAGCCGUUGAUUGUGCCCCUAGACCCGUUGAUACACAAAUUGCAAAGGUCCAAGAUUCCGAAAAAAAGCGAUACGGAGCUGGAUUAAUCACUAGAGAUUUGGUACUCUUAAUAACUACUACUAAUUAGUAUUAUUAUUAGUAGUAGUUAUUAUAAACUUAUAUAAAGUAUUAAUCAGUAAUGAAUGAUUACUGGUUAUUCUUUACUAUUAUUACUGUAAGUGCUUGGUAAUCAAUCGGGGUUGAGAUU